GUUAACAUACCUACUGUUAAGUUAGCAGAACGUGCACAUGUGCGCUCUAUUUUGUUUUUGUGGAAUUAAAUUGUUUAGCUAAAUACAGAUACGAUAAUGGGUGGCCAAGGGAAAAUGAUAAAUCGGAAACGUAAAUUUGUUGGACGCAAAUCUGAUGAUCCGGAAUUCGAUCUCGAUAAAAAGCACUUUAAGGUGCUUCACGUCAAUGCCACUGAGAAACGUUUGAUCAUCGUCCUCGAGGGAGCACAACUGGAGACAGUUAAGGUCCAUAAUACUUUUGAGCUGCUUAAUUGUGAUGAUCAUGCCGGAAUUAUGCGUAAAAAUCAACGUGAUCCUGGCUCUUGUCGUCCCGAUAUUACCCAUCAAUGCCUGUUAAUGCUCUUCGAUUCCCCCCUAAAUCGUGCUGGCCUACUGCAAGUGUUUGUGCGUACCGAACACAAUGUUCUCAUUGAGAUCAAUCCACAGACACGUAUUCCGAGAACAUUUAAACGAUUUGCAGGAUUAAUGGUUCAACUUUUACAUAAAUUUCAAAUACGUGCAAACGAUUCGUCACGUCGUUUGAUGAGUGUCAUCAAGAAUCCUAUUACCGAUCAUUUGCCAGUGGGCUGCAAGAAAUACGCCAUGUCCUUCUCCGGUAAAUUGGUCAACAAUCCCCGCGAACUGGUUCCCCAUGGCGAAGAGGGCAGUGCCAGCUAUGAUGAGCCUGUGGUUAUGGUCAUCGGAGCAUUUGCGCAUGGUGUCCUAAAGUCAGAUUAUACGGAGGAAUUGUUUUCCAUAAGUAAUUAUCCUUUAUCAGCGGCAAUUGCCUGCUCCAAACUCUGCACGGCCUUCGAAGAGGUUUGGGGUGUCGUAUGAACCUAACCAAGGUCUCUUUUUCUUACCCCUAAGUCGUGUAUAAGUUACAUAUAAUUUAUAUAGAGAUACAAAUAUAUAUUUUCCUACAAAUUGUAUGCAUAAAUAAACCAAUCGAUGAAAUUUGAUCAAAAGUAUCAAAUAAUGUUAAACUAAAAGCAUCAUGACGGAUACAUAAAGGUCCCUUUUUUUUAUAUUUAAUGAUUCCCAUCGUUAAUUUUUGGCAAAAAGGCUUGAAUUAUAAUUUGUUAAGAUAAUCAGGUUUGAAUUUUAAUAUACAUAUUUAUAGAUAUAUAUAAAUAUAUAUAUAUAGGAUAGCUAUGUAUAUUUUCUUUAUUACUUUAUAUUAUCAUCAAUUACAAAAUACAAAAAGUGUUUAAUUUCAAAAAGAAAA